CUCAAAGUGAGUGCAAAGGUUAAUUUUGGCACAUAAAUUCAAAGAGACGUCCCCAAACACUAUAAGAGUCUUCCCAAGCCCAGUAUAUCCUUCGUGUAUAUACUACCUGUUAAACGUAUCAGGAUGGCGACGAUAUCACCACCCCUAGCGACCAAUCAGACGACGGCUAGCCUCCCCCUGUCGGCCGUGUUCCAACGACUGAGACAACUGAAGGCAUGGCAACAACAACAGCAGGAGACUUUGCUGCAUCAGCAACAAGAGCAGCUACUCAAGUUACGCAAUGAACAGACCUACCAAAGAAAUCAAGUAUCCGACACUUCAGUGUGUAGCAACGAGAGGGGCCAGAGCAACUCACCCAUUCAGGGGCAGGAGAGCCUUGCUAUUGAGAGGUCUGAGUUGCCUGAGGAUACGAACAAGCCUUCAGAGAUGAGUGUAGACUACAGGGACGGUGGUGACCAUGGCGAUGGUGAUGUCACUAUCGAGUCAACUGGAGAGUGUGUGGAUGAAUCAGUAUCAACUAGUCCAACUCAACGCAGUCCAGUAGAUACAGGUGUUCACAUUGGAGGUACUGAUGAGGACAGACCUAUUAAGCCAGCACUUAGGGUUGGGGCUGCCACCUGCUUUGAUGAGUAUGUGGAGGCGCAGUUGAGAGUACAUCGAUCCCCCAACCACCACCCUCCCCACAAGUCCACUGCAUCACCUGCCCCUCAAUCCUUCCUCAGGAGAGGCCAGGGUAUCGCCAGAUUCAAUAUGAAAUCUAAGACAAAGAAAUCUUCCACAAACAUGACCAAAUCACUUCAUAAAAAGCAAGAACCUCCAACAACACUUCAUAUGCAGCAUCAAGACCUCACUAAAAUGGACUCUUUAUCGUCAACUACACGCCCUGGACCGUGUGGGUCGGAGAAUGGGCCACCAUACUCUGAGAGGGUGUGUGUGAGGAAGGUGGCUAGAGGAGGGGACCAGUACUGCAGUGUGGAGUCUCUCAGUCAACUACACGACCUGCCACGAGAGAGCACUCCUACAAUGAUCAGAUGCUCCAGUGAAGACUCGUUCAUCGUCAGAAAGACUGAGAGGUCAAAGUGGGAAGAGGAUGAGUUGCGGGAAUUUGAGCUACUGGAACAAGCAGCUGCUGAAUUAUCUCUCCUGUCUCAGACGUCACAGAGUCACACCUCCACACAUCACACACCGCCCACACCACAAGCACACAGUUCACAGCAAUGGCUACCAUCAAUGUCACACCAUCACGACCGCCAUACAUCCGUUUCACAAAUCGAAAACGACGAUACAGAUGAUGAAAUCGACACUUCCCUUCCAUUCACAUACCAUCCUAGAGAUGAGGAUGACCUUGCAAUCAAGAGUGAUAAUGAACUAGACAAUACUCUGAGGGCCUCACCUCCGCCCACCACCUCAUCACAUUAUCCGCCCACUACCUCCUCACAUUAUCUGCCCACCACCUCUUUACAUCCGCCCACCACCACCUCACUUGCAGCUGGCAUCGAUUUCAAUGAUGAGGAAUCUUGGGAUAGUUUUAACAAAUCAUCGCCGGAGAAAACAUCGUUGCGACCUUUAGACUUUCCCGAAGAGGGGGGACAAUAUUUGACCUCUGCUGGUGGAAGCACUGAAGAUUUAUUAGAGAGAGGUGAUUCCAGCUCUACAGUUGCUGGUAAUAUUGAACACAGAUUUGACGAUUUUGCUCAGCCAAGAGGGCCUAUAAUUAGUGGUUCUAUUGGGAAAACUACUGGCCCAACUAUAAUACACGCGUCAGCACCUCCUGAAAAUCGCUUCUACCCCCAGCCAUCGCCACGGAGACACGAUUAUCCUUGUUCUAUCGAUCCCUCGGACAAACCAAUACCGCCUCCGUCCGUUCUCAUAUCGAAACUAUUCCCAGCUCUUCGUAAAACAACUGUCAAACCUCCUCCGAUCAUACAAACACCAUCGCCAGUACAGAGUGUAGAUGGGGAUAGUGGUAAGGGGUCCUCAGUGACCUCUGUGACCUCUAUAAUGGGGGACGAGUUGCGACUGAAGCUGGCUCAGUUGGAGACAGAGAUUGAUAGGUACAGGUAUGAGAAUGGCCGCCUCGAGAGACUGAGGAGGGAGAAGGAAGAGGGACUGUCCCAGUUCAAGCAAGAGGUGGGGGAGUUCCAGCGACAGAAAGAUGAGGAUGUUCGACACUUCGAGGAAUACAAGAGAGAGGAAAUCAAGAAACUGAAGAGAGAGCGUAAGGUGUUGGAAACCCACCAGCAGGAGGCCAAGACAGCACGAGACAAGAGGGACAAGGAGGAGAUACAGCUACUCAAGAAACAACUCUCCAGUGCCAGGGAGGAGCUAGAGAAGAGGGAGUCACGGUGGAGCUCUACCCUGGCCCGCCAUCGCAAGAGAAUGGAGGGACUAGAGGCUCGGAACAAAGAGCUACAAGACGAUCUGAGAGUCAUGGAGCAGGAGAGACUGUCAUGGUGGCAGGAACAGAUGGAAGAGAAAGAAAACAACAGAAGAACUAAAGUCAAGAAUCAAAGUCCUAGGGCUAAGACUACACUGAGAGAAACCAACACUACCACAAACACUCAACAAGCACCUCCUAAAACCAACUUCUCUAAAUCUAAACUGAAAGUUCCUCCUCCUAAAAUAAAAACAAAUUCUCCUAUGAAACAGAUGACAUUUGCCACAAGAAACACUCUCAAAGAAAGUCCAACAAAGCCUCAGAUAUCUGACAAUAGUGAGUAUUCGCUCGGCUCUGGCAGUAAAGGACAAAAGAAUGAAGUAGAGGAGUCAUGUGAUUCGUCAGAGCUGGAGAUUGUGGAUGUGAUUAGCAGUGAUUAUGACAGGGGCAGGAGUGAUAGUCCUCGUUACAGUGGCUACCAGUCAGACAGUGAGUUGUCAAUGAUGGCCGACGAUAUUGUGAGUGAUGUGAUGAGUGUGGAGGGGGUGGUCCACACACAGAGACAGAGACACUGGUCCUCACCAAUCCUUGCUGCAACACCCACUCAUAAUAUUAUCAAAACUGCUAAAGCUGUCACCAUCUCACCUCAACAAUCUAUGCCUGAUGAUGUCACUAGAAUGAGCUCACCUGCUGCCAAUGAUGGAGUAAUGACCGAGACCACUCAGGCAGACGGGUCAAAGGUCAUUCAGUUCAGCAACGGCACACGGAAGGUCCUGAGCUCUGAUAGUAAAUCUCUGUCCGUCUAUUUCUUCAAUGGAGACAUCAAACACGUGAAGUCUGACCAAACAAUAGUAUAUUACUAUGCCGACACUCGGACCACUCACACCACUCACACUGAUGGCCUGCAAGUACUGGACUUCCCAAACCAUCAGACUGAGAAACACUACCCUGAUGGCAUCAAAGAGAUCACUUUCCCAGACAAGACGGUCAAGAUCAUCCACCCCUCAGGAGAGGAGGAAAGCCUCUUCACCGACGGCAACACUCAGCGGCUCUAUCCAAACGGGGACCUUGUGAUACAGUUCGCUAAUGGACAGAGAGAGCUACACACUAAGGAAUAUAAGAGGAGAGAGUACCCUGAUGGUACCAUAAAGACAGUGUACCCCAACGGGAAACAGGAGACAAGAUACUCAUCGGGCAGAGUGAGGAUUAAGGACAAGACUGGGAGAGUGGUCGUGGAGAAGUUGGAACUCAACACUUGAACAUUUGAUUAAUAAUUAUAGGCAGCUGUUGUAGCACUUUUACUUAAGAAGAUUUAUUUGUGUUUUACAUUUCCAUGGAGAAAUAUUUCAUCAUUAUCUUG